CACCAGUCAACGAUGCCUGAUCAGCUCAGCAAACCAACGACACCCAGGAACCACCAGCGCCACAACUCGUAACUGCAACACGCCGUACUCCAAGAAGACGCCAAGCAAACCUCAAACCAAAAUCACCAGGGAGAUUGAGAUGACACCAACCAGGAAGAUGGCAAACAACGCUGAAACCGCAACGCCCCUUCAAGAUGAUGACCGUCCAAUAACGAAACGAGAUCUGAGGGAAAUGGAAGCGAGAUUAGUAGAAAAACUGGAGGCUUCCCUGCAGAAUGUGAUGGUUCCCAAGAUUGAAAUGCAGAAGAACACUCACAUCCUUGUUGGUGUUACUGGAAGUGUGGCUGCUUUAAAGUUGCCUAUUCUUGUAUCAGAGCUUCUAAAGAUACCCGGGGUGGAAGUGCGGGUGGUGACUACCGAGAAUGCAAAACACUUCUAUAACCCUCAGGAGAUCCCUGUGACCCUCUACAGUGAUUCUGAUGAAUGGCAGCUGUGGAAAAAGCGUGAGGAUCCUGUGCUACAUAUUGACCUGAGGCGCUGGGCUGACCUUUUGCUGGUGGCUCCUCUGGAUGCAAACACCCUGGCCAAAAUGGCCAAUGGCCUCUGCGACAACUUACUGACAUGCGUCAUCCGUGCCUGGGAUCUGAGCAAGCCGCUUCUCUUCUGUCCCGCCAUGAACACCGCCAUGUGGGAGCACCCCAUCACUGCUCAGCAGGUGGAGCAGCUCAAGAGCUUCGGCUACGUGGAGAUCCCUUGCAUCGUGAAGAAACUCGUCUGUGGAGACGAAGGUCGUGGCGCCAUGGCAGAAGUGCCAACCAUUGUGGCGAAAGUAAAGGCGAUCCUGUCGGAGCGGGGCCUGUCGGCACACAGCUGAUCCCCAGGAACAGACACCAUUUCUUUCUCCUCCUGGGACUAUGAAGGUAGAAAGCAGGGAGGGAAAGUGAAGACCACAAAAACUGGAUCCAGUCCUUACUGGCAGCUCUGUCUCUGCAUUGGUUGGAGAUCUCCUGCACUUGAGCUUGAGAGUUUUGAUGGGGAUGUGUGUGGAUCCUCUGUG